AUGCACCCUGCAUCUAUGCACCCUGCAUCCAUGCACCCUGCAUCUAUGCACCCUGCAUCUAUGCACCCUGCAUCCAUGCACCCUGCAUCCAUGCCAUCCAUGCGACCUGCCACCAUGCCGUUGCACCCACAGUCGAUGCGGCCGCCGCAGACGAUGCCACCGCCACAGACGGUGCCGCCGCAACAGACGGUGCCACCACCGCAGUCAAUGCCGGUUCUGCCGGAACCUGACGAUGAUCAUGUACCGAUCCCUCAUCGGAUUGAGGACAUGGGCGACGGCCUCUCGCGGGCGCCGCCGAAGAGCUCCGAGAAGCCGCCCGCGUGGCACGAGAUCGAGGCGCGGCCGCACCUGAUCGAGGUGGAGCUGGAGGAGUUGGAGUUACAUCCCGACGCGCCGGAUCUAAAACCAGGCUGGUUUGAGUCGCUGAAGUACUUCGUCUCCUUGCAUCCCCGUUCCGAGGAGCCCGAUCAUAUCCCGCUCCCACGCGAUCCGCCGCUCCAAAGCGUCGAGGGACACUACCUGGUCUCCCAGGCGCAACGCGCCUAUGAACCUGGACUGCAGGUGGGCGAUGGCAUUCGACAAAAUCUGGUCGCAUCCUUCGAGGAGAGCAUGAGCCUUCCAAUGGAGAAGCUGGACCAUUAUUUAGUGGCCUACGUUUGGGCCACGAAGACUGGCUUGAUGGGCGCACAGAACACCACCCUUGUGGGGCGUGCACUGGCGCCCUUGCAAGAGUUCAAACUGCAACGGAAGACCACCACUUGGGGCAUCUUCGACAUUUUGGAAGGUCAUCGGGUGGCUGAGAUGCGCUUGAGGUAUCAUGCCUGCACGACGCCCGCUGCCAUUGAAGAGCCACACGUGGCGGAUGUACAGCAGACGGAGGUCACGGUGCGAUGGGCGCCGCCAAAGAAUGACCAUGGGGCGCAGGUGAUUGGAUAUCGGAUCUCUAUCCUACUGGAUCCCAAGCCUAACGAGCCUCCACAGUGGUACACCUUGUGUGAGUGCACCAGUGGCAAGAAUCCGGUGUAUGUGGUGGCCAAUCUGAAAGGCAACACCGCCUACCUGCUGGACAUCAGGGCCGUGAACAAGGUGGGUUAUGGUGAUGCCUAUGAAUAUCAGAUCACCACUGCCCCGGUCACGCCCGAUCCACCUGGAAAGCCCUGGAUCGAGGAAGCCAGAGAUGGCUGUUUGAACGUGGCCUGGAGUUCGCCUGAGAAUGAUGGCGGGUGCCUUGGCGGUCUUCAAGGAUCCGCAUGCGGAAGAUUCUAG